CCCUUCGCCCUCAUGUGCUUCUGCCACUACAACAUCUGCCGGGCCGUGCGGCUGGCCGAGAGCCGUGUGCGGCCCCUCACCACCUAUGGGCACCUGCUGCGGGCCUACGGGGAGAUGCGCACGGCCACCACUGUCCUCAUCAUGAUCGUCUCCAUCAUCUGCUGCUGGGGUCCUUACUGCAUCCUGGGGCUGGCCGCCGCCGCUGGCCACGUGCCCUUCUCGCCCACCAUGGACGCCGUAGCCAGUGGGAUGGCCUGGGCCAAUGGUGCCAUCAACCCCCUCAUCUAUGCCGCCCGCAACCCCAACAUCUCUGUGCUGCUGCGGCGAAGCCGUGAGGGUGGCUACAGGACUAGGAACAACGUGGCAGCCUACAUCUCAGCCCCAGGCUGCCAGCCAGAGCCCUGGAGCCGAGCUGACCGUGUCCGGGAGCGCUACAUCAACCAGCACAGCGGCCCCCCAGGCAGUGCCCCAUCCUUGUCCAGCCCAGCAAGUGGAGGAGAGGUGGCCAUGUGGGCCUGCAAGAACCCUGCCGUCCUCUUCUGUCGGGAUGGGCAGCCAGACACUAUCUCUGAGGCCACCUUGCAGGCCAAAGUGGACACCGUUGACACCAGCCUCUGA